AUUGAAAAAAGUGGUUUUUCAUUAAGUGGUCUCUCUUGUUAUACUCUUUGAUGUAGAUAAUGGAUGCCAAAUGGACCCCUGUUGAAGACAGAUUUAAAUAUGGAGUCGCUAUAUCCAAUUUCUCAUCGGACUCUUCGGUCGUCAUUCAAAGUGCCUUAGACCUCGUUGUUGGUGAAACUGUUUCAAUCCUUCUGUCUAUAAAAGACUGGUAUUAUGGUCACAAAUUGGGAGAUAAUGUCAGAGGAAUUUUCCCCAAAAGUUACAUUGCAAUCAAAGAUCAUGUCGAGGAAAAGAUAUGCGGUGCUGAGAUGGAAGAGCCAAUUAUUACAAAAGAAGUCACAGUUAUUUUGCGAGAAUGGAAAACGAGUGAAAGGUGAAAUCAUUGAAAA